UGUUACUCCACCAGAAGCGGUGAAUGACGAUGCAAUCACGUUUGGUCUGAAAACGGUACAAACUAACAGAAACGUGCCAGUACUGCACUUCCUGUACUUAGACAGGCUUAUGUUUUGCAGUGUCAAGUAAAAGAUUUCCCUGUAAAAAUGAAUGUGAGGAAAGUGCUAAAGACAGUGCAAAGUGUGGAGCAGUUGGAGGGAGUCGGUGCUCGGGUCCGCAGGAGCAUCGGGAGAAAGGAACUGAGAAACCUGGAUCCUUUCCUGAUGUUGGAUGAGUUUAAAGUCAGCAAGCCGGCAGGUUUUCCUGACCAUCCUCAUAGAGGAUUUGAAACAGUCACAUAUGUUUUAGAGGGAAUCACAGCCCACGAGGAUUUCUGUGGCCAUUCAGGAAAACUAAAACCUGGAGAUCUGCAAUGGAUGACUGCAGGAAGGGGAGUCGUGCAUGCUGAGAUGCCCAUGUCAGAAGAGCCAGUGGUGGGCUUACAGCUGUGGGUAAACCUGGCAAAACGAGAAAAGAUGGUGGAACCAGCGUACCAGGAGCUUAAAGGUUCAGAGAUCCCCAAGCCCAGCCAAGGAGGAGUUACAGUCAGUGUCAUAUCAGGGGAAGCCUUGGGAGCAAAGUCCAAGGUUUACACAAGAACACCAACCUUGUACCUGGACUUCAAAAUGCAGGCAGGAGCCAUGCAUGUGCAACCAGUACCCUCAGGAUGGACUACCUUCAUCUACACCUUAUCAGGAACCAUUGACGUUGGUCCGGAUCAGGAGCAGCAGCAAGUGAAGCCCCAUCACACAGUGGUGUUUGCAGAUGGAGACUGUGUCAAGUUUGAAAACAAGGGUUCUGAUGUUUCCCAUUUUGUGCUGAUUGCUGGAGAACCAAUCAAUGAGCCUGUUGUACAACAUGGCCCAUUUGUAAUGACCACAGAGGAGGAGAUCAGACAGGCUAUCAGCGACUACCAGACCAGCAAAAAUGGCUUUGAACGGGCCAAAAACUGGAGGUCCAAAAUCCGAGAUGCUUCUUGAACGUUUCAUGUUGUUUUGUUUUUUUGCUCCGCGAGGUGGUCUGUUAUCAUGCAAACAUGGUUAUGGAGAUAUUGAAAUAAUAAUAACCAAAAAGGAUAUGGUUGGUGUUUGGUUUUGGGGUUAAAAAGUAUCUUUAUUUUAAUAAGAGUAAUAAAUAGUUCAAGUUUGAUUAGCUUUUUUUUUUCCAACAGAAAGUGUUGAUUUGCUAGUUUAAAAUAGUUUAUCAAUGGUAAUUGUUGUAGUUCGCUCGCUCAUCCACCCUUACCUCCUCUGUGAGUCAUCUUUGUGGCCUUUGUUGUAGAAAAAUUACACACCUUGAACGCUCAUUAUUACUACGCCCAGUAGAGGGUGUUGUGUCAACAAAAUUCUAUUCAGUUCAAUUCAGCUUUAUUUGAAUAGCUCCAGUUUAGACCUUCAUCAUACCUUUGUGUGUGUGUCCAUUUGAAUGUAAGUACAAAAAAAAAGAAAAAAAAAACUAACUUGGAUAAAACACAGUAAUUUUUCUAUGAACCAGCACUUUAUAAACCGAAGCCUAAAGAUUUUCUUACAUACAGCAAUUCUAAUAAUGUUUAGAUUCUGACUGAAUCACACCUAUGGGGAGGAGAAAUGUUUAAAUUAACAUUUUGCGUUACUGUUUUAUUUCCACAUUAAGCUUUUUGUUAUUGAAAUAAUGAAAACUACAUCAGCAAGACAUUUUCCAAGAGAGACCAAAGGUGUCUAUUCUCAGUUGUCUAUUGUCUAUUCUAUUCAUGUUUUCCAUAGGUAUCUGGGUUUGGUUUGCACUAGUUUAAGUUAUUCAACCUUUUUGCUCUUAUUUUUAAUUUUGAUUGCUCUUUUUCUUAAAUAUCUGUAAUUUAAUUUUAACCAAAUUAAGCUGGGUUGUUUAAUGCAGAAAAAUACUUCACUAUGAGUAUUGCAUUAUCAUUUUAUCAGUUCUUCAAAAACCAUGUUUGAACUUUUAAUGUAAAAAAAAUAUAAAGCUUACAUAAAUACUUUG